CUGGACCCUUGAAUGAUUUAAAUCUUGCCAGGCCCUCGUUACGAGAUACGUCCGGCAGCAUCACCAGCAGCUCGAGCACAGCGCGUAAAAAGGGAUCCAAAUCAUUUACAGCCAACUAAAAGGGUGGGGAUGCAUCCCAGUUCAGCGACCACGACGCCUUUUUCAGUGAAGGAUAUUUUGAAGCUGGAGCACCACCAUGACUUUGAAAAUGAAUUCUUGAUGACUGAUCAAGUUGUACCGAUGCAUUAUCAGCACGUGCACGGUGCGUCCCGGAGCAGGGACAUUUUUGACUGCCAGCCUGAGAGAUGCGUCUCUGGGAUGGAGGAGAAGCUCGAUACUCACAACUCAGCUGCAGAAGGGGAGAUAAAUGAGCAGGAGAUGUGCGGUCUGGACAGUUCACCUGACUGUGACAAAAACUCAAAAAGCAGACCCAGGCUGCGCAGGAAGCCCCGGGUCCUCUUCUCCCAGUCCCAAGUGUCCGAGCUGGAGAGGCGCUUCAGACAGCAGCGUUACCUGUCCGCCCCGGAGAGAGAGCACCUGGCCCUCAUCCUCAAACUCACCUCCACGCAGGUCAAAAUCUGGUUUCAGAACAGGAGGUACAAAUGCAAGCGCCAAAGGCAGGACAAGUCUCUGGAGCUGGCGGGGUAUCCACCUGCGCCGAGGAGGGUGACGGUGCCGGUGCUGGUGCGGGACGGGAAGCUCUGCAGCGCAGGUUCACAUUCAGCACCUUAUAAUGUGACUCUUGGACAUUAUAAUCCCAUGUUUGGAUAUGGAAACAGCACCGUGUAUGGCUGCAGUUAUCACGGUGUGUCACCUUCAGCCAGUAUGUCUAAUAACCAGCUGGGGGAUUUAACAGGUAACAGCGAGGGGCCCUUCAACCACGGACACUUCCAGGUUUCAUUACAGGGUGUAAGAGGCUGGUGAUUAAAGGGAUACAAACGAUCUGUUUAGUAGGACGCUAUCAAAUGUUUCAAUGUCAAAUUUGUGUUGUAUAUUUUGUAUGGAAUUGUAUCUGUUAUCAGUUUUCUCUUGUUAAAAAGUGAGAGGCAAAUUAAAAAUCCGUUGAUUGGUUAGAGUACAUUUACUUUAUAUUAUCCUUUUAUAUUUUUCUUCGAUUAUACAUAUAUUUUAAAUUUCAAAUAGCUAAAUUUAAUUGGAACUUUGGUAAAAAGUUCGUGUUAUUUUAUGUCAGCUGUUCUACAAAAUACGUUUAUGUGCAACUCAUUUGCUUCUAUUGGCUAACAUUUAAUCCUUUGGUUAUUUUCUCUUUUUGUGACUAAUAAUUAUAAUGACUAGCAAUUAUAUUUUUAUUUAUGUAGCCUAUAUUUAAACAGUAUUUCAAAAUGUUUAGCCUACUAUUGCAUCAAGGAAGAUGAAGUAGAAAAUACAAAGCUUUUAAAUGUCAUUAAUGUAUAAACUCUAACUUCCCCAUUACUCCCAGUUAGAAUGUUACUCUUAGGAUCCAAUUAAAAACAACAUACCUGAUUAGAAACCCUUUGGUAAUUGUCAUAGAGCCGUCUUCUGUGCCAUUUAUCAAAGAGAGCCAUCAAAAAGCUAAUGGGUGAAGUGACAUCUGACCUGACAGGGCUGCUCUAUCAAACUGAGCUCAUUAUUGUCCCAUUCACAAAUCCGCUGAUAAGGCUGGAGAGCCUGUCCUGUUCCUGAGCUUUGCGUGGUAAACAAACCCGCAGACAGAGUGGCUCUUUAACAGUUCCAGUCUGACCUGUCACUCACCGAUGAGCCACAGAUACAACUAAAUUCACUUGCACUGCAAAAAAAAAAUUCUCAGUUUAAUUUCAUUCCAUGCUGUUGAUUGUUUGUUAAACUUAUUACAGGUCCUGAAAGUUAUAUAUUAUAUGGCAACUUGUAAAAAAAAAGGUUUUAAAUCCACAAUGAAAUGUGGAGGGAUUUAAAAUAUCACAUCAAAAGUUCAUAGUAAAACAACAUUUUAAGAACAUUUAAGUUUGUUCGUCAUGUAAAAUUUGAAAAUUACAACAAGUCCAUUGCCCUGCAGUAUGCAUGCACCAACGUUGAAAUAAUAAA